CUGGCUACUACUAAAGUCGCUGUCUUACUUCUUUUUCCUGUCACAUCUGAUCGUUUCUAAAAAUAUUGGCGGUUAAAUCUUCAAAGUUUGUAUAAUCUACAAGAAUCUGACAAAAUUGGGCAAAACAACAUUAUUAUUUACGAUGCUAAGGACCGGCAGAAUAACGGCCGAACACAUCAAGAAACUAGAUCAUACCAUCGACGAGAUACGAUUACGAGCCUUGGAUAAUAUUAUUUCCAAAUACGAUCUUGGUUUUGUGUGCGACUGUGACGCUAUCAAGAAGGGGAUAAUUCGGAAACUAUUCAGUUGGUUCUCCUUUGAGCCUGUUCCACAGCCAGAGAAAGUAUUGAAUUUUUUACUGCGGCUGGUACAGGCAGAUGCUAACGGUUACUUGAACGCAUUUGGAAAAUUGAGGUUUCAGAAUGACUUCCACGACUUAAAAAGAAAGAUCUCUCCUAAAUGGCACGCAAAGUUGGAUGAGAUUGAAAAAGCCAUUCUGCAUAUAGGAAGUGAGAUAAAUAAAUCAAAUACAGAUAGCAAGAUGGAUUCUGCCAUAAAUAUAAACUUAAAAUAUAAUAAAUCUCUGACAAAAACGCAAGAUCAUACUGAAUACAGAAAUGAGGAGAUUGAGAAAGAAGACCAAUAUGAAUCAACCAAUCAGCAUGAAAACGUAGAGAGCAUACUAUUAGAAGAUGGUAUUAGGUGGCUCGCAAUGCCAUGGCAGCCACUAGUCACAUCGGAUAAAGCGGUACUUGCUGCGGUGGAGGAGGCUCUUAAUAACACCACUGACACCAAUCUCAUACUGCACACGUGUCAGUUCAUAAUGAAUGUCAUGAUGCAAGAUUUUCCAGCAGAGGUUUUUCUUCAGCGGCCAGCAAUAGUUAUAAUACUUCAUAGUCUUCUUCAAUCAAGUGCCAGCGUACCGGACCCUAAUGUCGCUUGCGUGAUUCCAACUGUGCUUAAAACUUUGCGCAAACUCACCCGUGCCUUAAGAUUUCGCAUUUACUAUUAUUGCGAACCCUGUAUAGCAAAUAAGGAGCAAAAGUUAUUAGCUGAUAAAUUAGAUACCAAUGUUUAUGCAUCUUCGGAAGUUGGAGACCCAGACAGCGGUGUACCUGAAGUUAACUAUCAAGCGUAUCAAUCGGCAGGGACCAGCGACAGAAGUCAAAGUAUCAAUGAGAAUAUUGACGAUUCCGCGUUGCAGUCACAGCAGAUGCUACUGCCAGUUUACUGCAUAGAAUCUUUGAAAUACGUUCUCUCCCAGUUAAACAUACCCGUUGAUUCCUCUUUGCCUCUACGAAACGUUAAAUACAUCGUAGACCUAGCUCACGAGUUAGUACGAUUAUUACUAAUUAGUAUAACGCCUCAUAUCUGGUGCUACGAAAAUGAAACAAAGAUACAGAAUGAUCUGAGGAUGCUGUUCGAUUUAUUGGGGGAGCUGAUGAAACAUUUUUGCGAUUGGAAUAACGCGGAUUACUUCAGAAUAAUAUACCUGCAUCUUAUGACUAUUACUAUGCGAUUGUUACGCGGUCUUGUGCCAUUCAAUAGGGCACGGGUCGUUGUACCGGAUACUUUACGAGAAUGCAUAGUACAAGCCGAAGGGGAUGCAUCAUUAGACCUAUUGUGUACAGAAUUGCAUAACAUGAUUUGUUCUUACGUUUCUCCCCUUUCCGAGUAUUAUAAACUAACAUUGACAAUCCUGGCUCAUGAAGACGCGCCAGUUAUUAUCAAGUGUAUAAAGAACGCUAUUUCUAUAUCGGAACAUUCGUUGGAAGCGUCGGUCUUGGAAACGUUACAGAUAUUAGCGGAUAUCUUCAAAGCAGCAUCAUAUUAUAAGAUUUCAACUAUUGUUAAAAUAGCUGUAAACUAUUUACGGGAUACGUGGAAGCAUUUCACGGAAAGCAAUAUUGAUGCGGCGGCGACAAAUUUGAUACUGGCUCUAUUAAAACACGAAGACACGAAUGUUCAUCGUAUUACGUAUAUCGAAUGUCAUCUUCUAGUCAAGAAUAUUUUAGGAGCUGAGCAUAAUAAAGGCAACCUGACGUGGGAAAACUUGCUGUUCUUACUUAAACCGGAGGCCCUGACGCUAAUUAUUUGUGAUGGCGCAACAAGCAAGGACAGAAAGAUAAAAAACGCGUCGACAGACAUGCUACUUUUUAUAUUGAAAGCACAAGCACAAAUGCGUUCGACUGGAUGGUCGAGAACUAUGGAAGCGUUGAUUCCAGUAAUGCAUCUGCUACAAUGCCAUGCUGACAUUCGUACACCUUUAGGCCAAUAUAUAAUCCAGUUAUAUGAUCCUGACAUUGCCGAUGGCAUUGGAUUGCCAGAUAUUGAGCAAUUAAAAGGAAAUAUAAGAUUUCUCUACUCACCGAGUAGUGAGAUCCGGGAAAAAGCAUCACGUCGCUUGUUCUGGCUUGUUGCAAUGGAAAUAAAUGCGCGCCACAAAUUACCACGUCUGCAUCUACCUGUACACGACACACCUCUUAGUUCGUUGUGCAUACUUAAGCGUAAAGGCAUUGUUAAGAAUAUAUAUAAUCAUUAUCAGGAAUGCGAUAUAAUAACAUUGUUGGAAAUGUUGAAGGACACAAGUAUCGAGCCACAAAUACGGAAAUCCGUAUUAAACCAACUUAACGUGAUAUUUGCCAAUGUUUCGUCGCACGAAACGGUCUUCAAGGAAGAUGGAUUACGUUUAAUUUUAGAUAUUUUAGAAAAAGCUCUGACAGAAAAAGAUCACAUGAAUUAUUCAGAUUCAGUGGUACCUAUAAUCAGCAUUUUAAAAUCUAUUGCAUUUUUUGACUACUCUACACGGAAAACAUUAUCUGCCGAUUUUGAUGUUCUCAUAAAUGUCCUAAGAAGUCUCCUUUUAUUUCCAAAUGAUAAGUAUAUGAAGGAACAUGGUGUGCAACUGUUAUGCUUGCUUGCAUAUGGUGAACAUGCACAAAUACACGACUGCAUGAUAACCAUUAACGAAGAGGUGUCGCUACCUUACAUUGUUCUAAGCAGCAUGAAAGUACCGUUUGAAUGUUUUUAUUUUUUAAAACCAAAGUGUCAUGUGCAAACAACAAAAUCAUAUAUACCCGACUAUGAUCUGAUGUUAAGUUUUCUCAGUCUAAAGUUGGCAUGGAAUUUGCAUGGUGAUAGAAAUAUUUUAUGGAAGCGCUUAGAUGAUUUAAAAAUGCCUGCAAUUAUAACCGAAAAACUUGCGAUUUCCGAGAAAGAUUUGCUUCUUCUACAAAGUAGCUCCGUCCAAUAUUGUUGUCAAAAGCAACUUUAUAACAUUCAAAAUUCCACUACGCAUAAUAGCGUUCUAUGUGCACUAGACUAUCUUACAAUGUAUCUGAAAUUUUACGAAGUACUGCCACAAGUCGCGGAAGAUAUCGACUCGCUGCCAUGGGAACAAACGUUCGAGCGCUUUUUAUUAUCGCAUCCCACGAAUAAGGAAGAUUGUGAUUUAUUUGUGGACAUUUUGAACUUUUUACACCUGUAUCUAACUAUUCGAAAAAAUGGUGGAUGUUUGUGGGUCAGUAAGAUUGUAAAAAAUAUGACGAGAUCAUUGGCAGAGUUAUUCAAGAACAUGGAAGUUGACAAUCAGAAUAUACAUCAAUUCAUAUUUAAAUUAGUACGUACGUGUUCGGCGAUCGAAGGAAAAUCCAACGAUGAAUCUAAAAAUACUUGGAUUCAGUUUGUUGAGUUUGUCGUCUCGACGCUGUGCUUUGGAGAUCAACAACAUUUCUACAAUCUCGCUUACCUCGAUUGGUUGCUAACAUGCCUGACAUAUUUGAUCAAUCAGUGCGAAUGGGGAAAUCAUAAGAAUCUACUAAUAUCUCUUUGCAAUACACUUAUCGAGCUAAUCAUGUCUUUUCACGGUGCUGGUACAGUUAGUUUCAUGGGUUUGUCGAUAACAAGAAAUUCGAUAAUAUGUCUCAAUCAUUUGUUGCAUCAGAUGCAAGUGUAUUUUAAUAAGAACUCGUGGAUGGUAUUUUGGUACGAGGAAGGUCGUUCGUUAAGUUGGUUACCUAUGUUAUGGCAAAAUAGAGAUCCUUUAGUUCGUGCUUCCGCUCUGCAGUUAUUGGCAGGUUUGAUGAACAUAGUGCAUACUAUGUCGCAGCUUCUUAAUGCGAUCGCCAUGGCACCAAGUGAUCUGUGUCAUACGUUACUUCAGUGCAUUACAAAUAAAGAGGAAUGCUGUUUAGUGAAAGAAGAAGCAUGUAUUGCAUUUUCUAACAUGUUAAAGAACUGCAAUACUAUGAGUUUCCAUUGUGAUGAUUCUCUACAACCGCAAGCUAUACUGAUAUAUGCUGAGCAACGCAAUAUUUAUCAUGAAAUUGGUGUCCUAUGCUCCAAUAUCUAUAGUUUAUCUACGGUGGAUAUAAGACAGCGAGAAGAAAUUAAUGAUAAAAUUUGCAAAACCUUGGAGAAUGUACAUGGGACUAUGGAUUGUAAUGUUUACAACAAUCAAUCUUUCAUUCUUCCACACGUGAUAUGGCGUUUGUACUAUUGCCAGGAUGAAUUACAACCAUUUUCCACAGAAAAAUAUAGUUCCUCAGAUAACUUAACAUUUAUGCAAAACUACGUAACAACGCCCGCGCUUAUCACAGCUGUUUGUAUUUUAUUGAACAAUUUAAUAUUUGUUGGACAACAUGAAGUAGUUCGACAAAUAUACGAACAUUCUGUCGAUAAAUAUUUAUUUUGGUGUUUGGAUAAAAUCCCAAAAAUAAUUAAAAGCAGAAAGGAUGUGGAUGAUUAUUCCGAUCAGUUAGAGAUGUACAUUAACAUUUGCACGGUUCUAACAAAUUCCAUCAGGCACAGCAAAGAGUACACAACUAUUGUUGUUUUCUCCCGAGAUUCACUUUACGUUUUAUUUUGCUUUUUGGAUAUUGACCUAUAUCAGCAUAACGAACCACGCCUGAUAUAUCUGCGCAACAGAUUAUGGACGGAAAUCUAUAACUUCGUAACAGCGCUUUCGUUGAUGGAGAACCAGCAUUUCGAAACUAUUCAAAGCGCUUUAGAAUCAUGCACACCGGCAAAGAUCUUGGCUUCUAUUUGCUUCGCAAUACAGGAUUCGACGACAGAUCUGAGAAUGAGUGCCAUUAGUUGCUUAGCCUUUCUGCUAUCUCUGGAAAUUCAGAACUUUAGAAAUGAUUGCCAGGAUGAUUUCCAGGAGAAAAAUAAAUUUUUUUCACGGACUUUACUCGAUACCACUCUAACACGUGCUAAAGCGUCCAACUUCGUGGAUGAUAAUCCGGAAAAGACAAAAACGGAUUUUUAUUUCUGUGCGUCGAAUUCGUAUCCUCGGUCUCGGGAAGGUGAUUGUGUGAAAGUUUACAUUAACGAGCCAUCGAACGAAAAGCAAACGAUAGGAGGCGAAUUGUGUAAAGUUUUGCUGCAUCUCUUUACCGCCUAUAAUUAUACGAAAUCCAAAAAGAAUUCCAAACAAGCGGAGGACAAGGGUCUUGUUAUAGGCGCUCUUGCAAAUUUACUGUGUGUGUCGAAGACGGCAAAACAAAUAGCCCUGCAAAAUAAUCUCCCCGAGACUGCAUUAAUGAUUCUAAAAGAAUUGUACGUUAAAUUGAAUCUCCAACCAUUCGAGCUUUAUAAGAAACAAGCGGAGAAGAAGACUCAUUUUUUGUUGCACGAUGUGAGCUGCAUCUUUACGCUUUUGAUGAACUUUAUGUACGGAAACGAAUGCGUUAAAGAAAGCCUAGCGAAAGAAGGUUUGGCAGACGUGGUGCAUAAGUUAUGGGCUUGGAUAUCGUUAAGCAAAACGGUGUCAAUAUCUGCUUUAAAAUUACUUGCGACCUUUACCGAAACGAAAUGUAACUUUGCUGCACAAUCCUUAACAUUAACGACAAUAGUUCCAGGAAGUGGAGUAAGGAAAACACCAAAUACGCUUGCGUUGAUACACGUUAUUAUCCAAGUAAUAUGCAAGGAAACUGAGAGAACUGAUCAGCUUUUUGAUAAUCACAAGAUACAUUACGCCUUUCACAUUUUGCGGAACGCGGUGCAUGUUCACGAGUGUAGGGUUUCUAUCUCAAAAAGCAAUCUUCUACAAUUGUUUACUAAAAUACAUCCUAGUGUCACUAAAAGAAUGAAACUGUGGCUACUAAUCGAAAUGUAUUACUUGGAAUUUUUAAUAGAUUUUACUUAUUACGAAGAAGGACAGCUGUGCGUGCCAAAGGCUACCGACGCUUUGGAUGUUUUAAUACACUUGGCAAAGGAUUCUUCAUCAUCGAUUAAAAUUCUCGCGAUAUCAAUAUUACGUAAUUUAGCAUUCAACAUAACGAAUAGAUCUCGGCUUCUCAGCUCAGUGGAUUUCAUCAAUCUUCUACAAGACAUCUUCAAGAACGGAUCGCCGUGCGAAGUCAAUUUAGCCGGUUCCAUAUUAUGGUCUUUAGUUAGCAAUAAUCAAAAAGGAAAACUAAUUGCACGGAGCGCUGGUCUUCCUCGAAACAUUCGGGAAGCUAUCAGUAGAUUUACAUUAGAGAAUGAUGUUAAGGAAACAGAGCCAGAAGUCGUCAAAAUUUUAUUGUAUGUGCUCUCUAUUCUCAAUCCAGAUGUAGUAAAAAGUAGUGAUAGUGAAAAAUAGAUGAGUAACUUAACUGAAAUUAAUUAAAAUAUAUGCGAAUAAUUAAAUUUUUUAUACAACUAUUUCUAAUCGAUGAGAAAAAAUUAGCUUACAAUUGAAUAAUAUAUUUUUAUAAUUCAUUUAGCUUAUAAUUUAGUAAUAUAUUUUUUCGAGACAUUAGUAUAUACAAAAGUAUUUCAUAGUAAUAUUUAAUAAUUAAUAAUAUUUAAUAUAAUAAUACAAUUUAUUUUAGAAAAUGCAGUUAUCUGUAAAAAUAAUUAGAUUAUUGAAAAUAAAUGUGUAAAUAAAAAUGUGCUAAAUACAUAUAAAUUUAUAAUAAUACAAAUCAACAUUUGAAUUGUUUCACGACCACAGUUUCUGGCCUUCAUCUGCUAAAAUUCAUUAUCAAAAAGUCCGCUAUGAGCCCUCGCUAUUUUCGAUCGAGAUAUGAGGUAGUAGUACAACUCACUAUAAAAACUGAUCGUUUAUUUUUACGUAAUGAAAUAAAAUUAAAAAAGAGCUUCCAUUUUUUAAAGCAGUACGAUUUAAAGAUGAGUUUCAAAACGACAUUUUCAUUUUGAAACAUAAGAAAUUAAUGAGAGAACAAACUUUUGAUUCAAACCAAAA